AAGGAGUGAGAAUAUCUGCAAAAAGCUGAAAUCCAAAGAAACUCUAACAGCAAAUGAAUGUGUGGAACUUAUCCAGAAUUUAACUAAAAAAUGCAAGCGACCGGGAAAGAACUUUAAGAAAAAAUUACAAAGGAAAUGCUUAAAAGCAACAGCUAAUUGUGAAACUUCCGUCAAAGACAGCAUCACACAAAUAUACCCCAAAUAUAAAGCCUAUUGUAGAAAAAUCACGAACUCAAACUUUAAAAGAAUAACCCUAGUUGCCAAUUCUUCAUGGGUUGGUGAAAAAACCGCUCAUGCAGAAAAUGUUGACGUUGAGGUCAUGCUCCCAGAGGAAUUGUCCUGGAAAUCAAUGGAGCAGCAGAAUGAUUUUUUGAGCAUCUCUUUUACAUUAUUCAGUGAUACAACGUUGUUUGAGGAUGAAAAUAAUAGAACGAUCUUAAACGACAAAGUGAUCGAAGUCGCUGUAGGAAACACAAGUAUUCAUAACCUCACUGAAUAUGUGAAUCUUACAAUUAAUCACAAGUUAAACAUGCUGAAUAACAUCUCUCAACACUGUGUCUUCUGGUCUGAAGAUGAAGAUGACAACUCAACAGGUCAUUGGGAUACUACAGGUUGUAAAACAAUAGUUCAGGAUAGCCAUACCUUAUGUCAGUGUGACCAUCUGUCCUACUUUUCUGUGUUACUGGACUUCCGUUUUGCCAACAACACUUUGGAUGAAAAAAUUGUGAUUUCAUUGACCUACAUCACACAGAUUGGUUGUGGUAUUUCUGCCAUCUUCUCAGCCGUCACAAUAUUCAUUUACUGUGUAUUCAGGAAUGUUAAAAGUGAUGAUGUCACGAAGAUCCACAUGAACCUCUGUGGCGCCAUAUUUCUUCUGAAUGUGAACUUCUUGACCAACCUGUGGCUCAGUAUGGUGAACAGUGAUGGUCUCUGUAAGACCAUUGCUGUUUUUCUACAUUAUUCAUUGCUGUGUACUUUUACCUGGAUGGGAAUUGAAGCAUUUCAGCUGUACCUGCUGCUGAUCAAAGUUUUCAACACCUACAUUAGACACUACAUGCAAAAACUGGCUUUUAUCGGCUGGGGCCUUCCUGUGAUGGUGGUGCUUGUAUGUGUUGCAGUAAACAAGGACAAUUAUGGCAAGCUUGUGUUUGAGGACCAAGGUGGGAACAAAACUACCUCAAUGUAAGUCUUUGUAAAAAGCGAUGAUGCUAGUAUUUGAAUCUCUUCCACUUCCACGAGAGUUUGAGGAGACAUUUAUUGCCAGGGAGAAACUGGACAGCAAUCUCUUACAAUCAGAUUCAAAUCUGUAUUACCUGGUAUUAGAGAACUGAUGGCAACUGUGUCAGAAUUUGCCUGUAAUGGUUAGAGGGAAAUCUACCAG